AUGGCAUCGGACUCCCGUUUUUACAGGCUAGUUGCCAUGUGCUGUACUGCUGUAGUGAUGCUGUUAAACUCCCUUGCUGUGUUCUGUACAAUCGCAAACGAGAAACAGAUUCAGAUCGUGGGAAAAUACGGUAACUACACAUGGCCUCGGCGAGAUUUGUCUGUGAGUGAAACUGGUCAGAUAGUGCUUGGAGCCCUUCAUAUGGUCCAUGAAAGAAGCGAGGAUAAGAUAUGUGGUCCCAUCAUGCCUCAGGGUGGAAUACAGGCCCUUGAAACUAUGUUGUUUACAAUCGACAAAGUAAACAAUGACAACCUUAUCCCGGGUAUUCGACUUGGUGUCCUGGCGAAAGACGACUGCGACAGAGAUAUAUACGGCCUGGAACAGGCUGUCGAUUUCAUACGAGGGUCCAUAGCUAAUAUAGGGGGAUAUGAAAACAAAUGUACCAACCAUUCUGACCUUGGGCUACAUCUAAAGGUCAUCCCCGGAGUACUAGGAGCGCCCUCUAGUGUGACAUCUAUUCAGGUGGCGACUCUCCUCAAACUCUUCAAAAUUCCACAGGUGAGCUUCUUUUCGACCAGCCCUGUUCUCAGUGUACGUGAUCGCUACCCCUACUUCAUGAGGACUAUCCCUUCUGAUGUAAACCAGGCCCAGGCCAUGGUCGAACUGGUGAAGAUGUUCAAGUGGACAUACGUGUCUGUCGUGUACGAGGAAUCAAGUUAUGGUAUACAGGGUUUUAACGAGUUGGAAAAGUUAUUGAAGCUAUCUGCUAUAUGUAUAGCGACAACAGAGAAGCUCCUGAAGGAUUCGGGCGUAGCCGGGCAGGCGUCAUAUGAUACAAUCGUCGAUAGGCUGAAGCAGAAGUCUAACGCUAGAGGUGUGAUAAUAUUUGGAUCGGACCAAGAAGUAGGGGAGUUAAUGGAGGCUGUGAGACGUCGGAACGCCACAGGGAUGUUCUCCUGGAUUGGAAGUGAUGGUUGGGGAGGGCGUGGCCUCGCGUAUUUAGACAAAGAGGCAGAGGUAGAGGGAGCUGUCACAGUUCAGCCAUUGGCGUAUGAAGUAAUUGGAUUCAAAGAUUACUUUUUAAACCUUAAACCGGAAACAAAUGCCAGGAAUCCAUGGUUUAUAGAAUAUUGGGAACAACAGUUCCGGUGUAAAUAUCCAAAGAGCAGUUGGACCCCUUAUAACGAAGAAUUCGCCGGGAACCCGUGCACGGGACAGGAAGUGAUGUCAGAGGAGGAAUUCGAUAUGGAGGCACAGUUACAGUUUGUCAGUGAUUCAGUGUUAGCGUUUGCCCACGCCUUUAAGGAUAUGCAUCAGGUACUGUGUGAGGGAAAGCCUGGACUAUGUCCGAACAUGGACCCUGUCGAAGGAGAAAUACUCAAAAGAUUCCUCCUCAAUGUUAGUUUUACAGGAUUGUCAGGACAAGAGUUCUCUUUCUUGGCUAAUGGAGACGGACCAGCUCGGUACAGAAUUUUGAAUUUCCGGCAGAAAUCCAAUGGCGAAUACUCUUGGGACACAGUUGGAUUCUUUAAAAAUGGAAGCUUGAUAGGAGUAAGUAGAAAGGCGAAGCGGAUGAAAAUUAACCAGCAAGUAGAUGAUUUGGUGUUCCGAAUGGAUGAGGAACCGGAACAUCCGGAAUCUGUAUGUAGUAAGGAUUGCGCGUUCGACGAAGCGUAUAAGAUAAUAGAUGGCGACACCUGUUGUUGGUCAUGUGUAAAAUGUGACGGUCAUCGCUACCUACCGAACAAGUUCAAUUGCGCCGCUUGUCCAAUGGGAACCAUUCCUAGUUAUGAUCGAAAACGCUGUUCUACAAUCCCGAUGUCGUAUCUUAAUUAUUCCAACCCAAUUGCAAUAACAGCUAUGACCUUUUCAACCCUCGGGAUCAUGGCAACUGGAUUCGUCAUGUUGGUGUUUCUACGCUUCAACGAUUCGCCGAUUGUGAAAGCGUCCGGACGGGAGCUGAGUUUUGUUUUAUUGAUAGGCAUAUUUCUUUGCUACGGCAUGACGUUCAUUCUUGUAUCAAAACCUAAUUCGAUAACUUGUGGAGCUCAAAAAUACGGUAUCGGUUUGUGUUUUUCAAUAGUUUAUUCUGCUAUCCUAACAAAAACAAACCGAAUAUCCAGGAUAUUUCGGGCGGGAAAACGAACUUGUAAAAGGCCAAAGUUUAUCAGUCCGAAAUCACAGCUUGUUAUAUGUGGUGCUUUUGUGGCAUUUCAGAACGCUGUUGGGAUUGUGUGGAUCUUAUUACGACCGCCAAAGGCAGUACCUUUCUAUGCCAAUAGGGAAGACCACCAACUGGUGUGUCUUGACGCCGUUGAAUCCUGGUAUAUGAUUGGAUUCACGUAUCCUAUAUUUCUUAUAAUUGUUUGUACAUUUUAUGCAAUUUGGACAAGAAAUAUUCCCGAGGCUUUCAAUGAAUCCAAGUACAUAGGGCUUACUAUGUACACGACUUGUAUCAUUUGGUUGGCUUUUGUGCCAAUUUAUUUCAGCACAGCGGACAAUAUCCAAAUCCGUAUUGCCACCAUGUGUUUCUCCAUUAGUCUCAGUGCCACUGUAGGGCUUGUGUGUAUGUUUACCUCCAAACUAUCAAUCAUCAUACUUCAUCCGGACCAGAAUGUCCGACAGUCUAUCAUGGCGUCCAAACCUGUAAUGCCUGUACAGAUACAAAACAACUACUACUCAACAUGUCGGAUAGAGUCAGCUACGCAAUCAGAAGAUACAUGUAUGGAGCUGACUCACCGAUUACGGCCUUCCGGUUCCUUUAGUAGCGCCUUCAGCAGGUCAACCAGUGCCACACAGACCUUCACGAACGGAAACAGCAUUAGCACUCAAACACUUGACAUGAUUGGCAAAACGCACGAGGAUAGAGAUGUGCAACUGUAG